AACAUCACAACUGUAACAUAACACAACAUCACAACUGUAACAUAACACAACAUCACAUCUGUAACAUCACAACUGUAACAUAACACAACAUCACAUCUGUAACAUAACACAACACCACAUCUGUAACAUAACACAACAUCACAUCACAUCUGUAACAUCACAACUGUAACAUAACACAACAUCACAUCUGUAACAUAACACAACACCACAUCUGUAACAUAACACAACAUCACAUCACGUCUGUAACAUAACACAACAUCACAUCUGUAACAUCACAUCUGUAACAUAACACAACAUCACAACUGUAACAUAACACAACAUCACAUCUGUAACAUCACAUCUGUAACAUAACACAACAUCACAAAUGUAACAUAACACAACAUCACAACUGUAACAUAACACAACAUCUGUAACAUCACAUCUGUAACAUAACACAACAUCACAUCUGUAACAUCACAACUGUAACAUAACAUCACAUCUGUAACAUAACACAACAUCACAUCUGUAACAUACCAUCACAUCACAUCUGUAACAUCACAACUGUAACAUAACACAACAUCACAUCACAUCUGUAACAUAACACAACAUCACAUCACGUCUAACAUCACAUCUGUAACAUAACACAACAUCACAUCUGUAACAUCACAUCUGUAACAUCACAACUGUAACAUCACAACUGUAACAUAACACAACAUCACACCACAUCUGUAACAUCACAUCUGUAACAUAACACAACAUCACAACUGUAACAUAACACAACAUCACAUCACAUCUGUAACAUAACACAACAUCACAUCUGUAACAUCACAACUGUAACAUAACACAACAUCACAUCACAUCUGUAACAUCACAACUGUAACAUAACACAACAUCACAUCACAUCUGUAACAUAACACAACAUCACAUCUGUUACAUAACACAACAUCACAUCUGUAACAUCACAUCUGUAACAUAACACAACAUCACAUCUGUAACAUAACAACUGUAACAUAACACAACAUCACAUCACAUCUGUUACAUCACAUCUGUAACAUAACACAACAUCACAUCUGUUACACCACAUCUGUAACAUCACAACUGUAACAUAACACAACAUCACAUCACAUCUGUAACAUAACACAACAUCACAUCACAUCUGUUACAUAACACAACAUCACAUCUGUAACAUCACAUCUGUAACAUAACACAACAUCACAUCUGUAACAUAACACAACAUCACAUCACAUCUGUAACAUAACACAACAUUACAUCUGUAACAUAACACAACAUCACAUCUGUAACAUAACACAACAUCACAUCACAUCUGUAACACAACACAACAUCACAUCUGUAACAUAACACAACAUCACAUCUGUAACAUAACACAACAUCACAUCACAUCUGUAACACAACAUCACAACUGUAACAUAACAUCACAUCACAUCUGUAACAUAACACAACAUCACAUCACAUCUGUAACAUCACAUCUGUAACAUAACACAACAUCACAUCACAUCUGUUACAUAACACAACAUCACAUCUGUAACAUCACAUCUGUAACAUAACACAACAUCACAUCUGUAACAUCACAACUGUAACAUCACAACUGUAACAUAACACAACAUCACAUCACAUCUGUUACAUCACAUCUGUAACAUAACACAUCACAUCACAUCUGUUACAUCACAUCUGUAACAUAACACCACACCACAUCUGUAACAUCACAACUGUAACAUAACACAACAUCACAUCACAUCUGUAACAUCACAACUGUAACAUAACACAACAUCACAUCUGUAACAUAACACAACAUCACAUCUGUGAGUUGAAAACAGCAGGUCUGGGACAGGUAGCACGUCCGGUGAACAGGUCAGGGUUCCAUAGACGCAGGCAGAAUAGUUGAAACUGGAGCAGCAGCACGGCCAGGUGGACUGGGGACAGCAAGGAGUCAUCAUGCCAGUCAGACGUGGUCCACCAGAGUGUGUUUGAGCUGAUCCACACAGACGACAGAGCCACGUUCAGACGACAGCUUCACUUUGCCCUCAACCCCAAGCCCUUUGACCCAGAGCAGGGAGGAGACGGCAUGGCGAGCAGCAGUGACAUCACCAGGAACAUCGUGACCUAUAACCCUGAGCAGCUCCCACCAGAGAACUCCUCCUUCCUGGAGAGGAACUUCGUGUGUCGCUUCCGCUGCCUCCUGGACAACUCCUCUGGCUUCCUGGCUCUGAACUUCCAGGGGCGUUUGAAGUUCCUCCAUUGCCAGAGCAUGCUGGGGGAUGACGGGACGCACAGCCAGCCCAGGUUGGGCCUGUUCACCAUCGCCACCCCUGUCCACACCCCGUCCAUAUUGGAGAUCAGAAACAAGACGAUCUUCUUCCAGACCAAACACAAGCUUGACUUCACCCCCACGGGUGUCGAUGCCAGGGGGAAGGUUGUCCUGGGAUACUCAGAGAUUGAGUUGUGUAUGAGAGGCUCUGGGUAUCAGUUCAUCCACGCAGCUGAUAUGAUGUACUGUGCAGAUAACCAUGUCAGAAUGAUUAAGACAGGAGAGAGUGGUCUGACCACGUUCAGACUGCUGCAGAAGACUGGGUGCUGGGUCUGGGUCCAGGCCAAUGCCAGGCUUGUCUACAAAGGAGGAAGGCCCGACUUCAUCAUCGCACGCCAGAGAGCUUUACUUAAUUCUGAGGGAGAGGAGAAUCUACGCCAGAGGAAGAUGCAGCUGCCCUUCAGCUUCACCACCGGGGAGGCCCUGCUGUACGAGACCGGCCCCACCCUGGAUGCCACGGAGUUCCAAACCAACCCCCCAAAAAUCUGCAAGGUGGAGUCUCUGGACCCCCAGUCUCUACUGGGCUCUUUACUAAAGCAGGACGAAUCCGUCUACACCCAGCCCCAGGAGCCUCAGCUACCCAUAGACCAGGUAUUCAUGGACAGCCGAGCGCUCACCAACGUGGCCUCUAACUCCUGGCAGAGUAGCAUGGAGCCCCAGGGGCCCGACGGGGUUGAUGAUGGUGAUAGCCCCAGGGAGGUCAAGCACGAGGGGGCGUUGGUAGCCAUGAUCGAUGCCCUGGAGAGGAUGGCGCAGGAUGGGGACCUGUGUGCGGCUCUGCAGGGGAUGGACGUGGGUACGGCGGAGCUGAUGGAGUGGGAGAGCACCCUCCUCAGGCUGAGCCAGAACUCCAAUGGGACCGGCAGCGGGGACACCUCCCUAGAGCUGGAUGACAUCAUGACCAACGACAUCUUCUCUUACGUGGAGGAAGCCUUGUUCAAGGAGAGCAGCGAGGGGAGCGGUAACCAGCCCAACUGCUCCACCAUGGUCAACAACGACCCUAACCUGUUCACAGGGGUGCUCGACAACAACAACCAGGGUGGACCAUUUACAGGAGUGGUCAGCCCUACUACAGGUGCCGGACAGUGCAAGCCCGGGUUGCUUGACAAAUUCAGCUUUGUCCAAAAUGGCUCUCCAGUGAACGAUCUAAAUGGUAUCAGCCACAGUCAGGUAACAGGCAACAGAGUAGUUGGUUUGGCAGGACAGAACCAGGGAGGACAGAACCAGGCAGGACCACAGCAGGUGUUCAAGAGCACCCAGAGGCUCUCCCACUUCGGCCCCCAGAUUCCUCAGGCGGGCCUGAAUAUCCCCAUCCUGCAGCAGCUACAGCUCAACGACAUCUUCACCCCCUCUCUGGAGCUCCCCGAGCUCAGUAACCCACAUAGCUCAGGCCAGAAUGAGUCUGUCACGUUAAGCACUAGCAUGGCUGGAUCCUGUGCUCAGGCACCAAACAACCACAUGGGAAGCCCUCAGAUCAUCGCUGGCCAGGUCCAAUCUAACCAGCCACCUCCACAGUGUUUCCCUCAUAAUGGCUUGCCAGCUGCAAUGGCACCAAACGGACCAGAGGAGAUCUCUGUUCCACAGUCCAACCAUCUACCACCUAUUCUGGUGGAUGCUUGGGCAUCUUUGAUUCCCAGUAAUGGCUUUGUUUCACCCCAGAUUGCCUGCAGUGCACCAUUUCAGUCACUAAAAUCCCAGAAAGUGCAGCAGUGGCCCCAGAACCAGCAGCAUCAGCUACCACCAUCCACCAGCACAAUGAAAAAUGGACACCAAUUCAUCCCAGACUGUCACAGUCAAGCCACAGAGACCCAAAGAGUCCCUCUCACAGGCCUUUGGCCACAGAACACCAACGGAUUGUACCACCAACCCCAGCAGGGGCGAUUGGCCAACGGCCAGCCUACUCCAUCCGGCAGCUGUAUGUUUGAGAACGUCUUACCCCCCCUCCCCAACAGAAACAGUCACGUGGAUGGCACCAUUCUGCCUCCCCCCUUGUCUGCAUGCCAGAGGAGGAUGGUGGACCCCCAGGACCAGAGCUACUUGCAGUGGGGCCCCAGUGAGCCGGUGGUGGACACGUCAGCCAUCAUCCAGGACAACACCGGAAUCAGCUUCCCGGCUCGCCCGCUUGUGGCCAACAUCACCACCCCCGAGAGCCUACUGGCCAUGCAGCAGUACCUUUCUGGACGCAACAGAGUCAGACAGACACAGAUCCCAAGCCUCUGUGUAGUAGACAGCAAUGGAACAUUCUCCUCAGCCCCACUUGUCAAUGGAACAUUCUCCUCAUCCCCACUUGUCAAUGGAACAUUCUCCUCAGCCCCACUUGUCAAUGGAACAUUCUCCUCAGCCCCACUUGUCAAUGGAACAUUCUCCUCAGCCCCACUUGUCAAUGGAACAUUCUCCUCAUCCCCACUUGUCAAUGGAACCAUGUGCUUUACAGACCACAACCAAACCAACUAUUGCGACUUCUAAACACGAGUCACGUGUUACUCUGUAAACAUUAUGGACAAAAAGAGGAGGAAGCCAUCCAUGGAUCUGUUCAUCCAUCCAUCCGUACACAUUCAAAGACAACACACUGCCUUAAGAGCUGCCUCAGGGAGGGUGUCGUGAUGACAAGCCAUCCUCUAGUCAGACACACCAUUCAUCUCCCCAUAUCAGUGUUUACAGGAAAUACAAGGACUCUUUUGAUUAAGCACUUGUCACUUCUGUCAGCAAUGGAACAAAAAGCAGCAACUUUACAUGGAACUGGUUUUCUUUCUUUUUUUGUUGGGUUGUCUUCUGUUUUGUUUGUUGUUGCCUUGUCUUUGGUUUUAUUACUGUGGAAAAACAGUAUCUGUCACAACUUCAAUGAUACGAAUGAAGUUUGAAUCCUCACUGGUGAAUUUGGCUUGUGUUAUAAUGGCUUUUUAGGGUCAUGCCUAAUUCCCAAAAUGAUUUAUAUAUAUAUUAAUGAAGCAGGCCAUAUUCAUUUCUUUUUACGUUUGUUUCUUCUUACAUUAUAGUUGGAUGGUGACAGGACACCAUUCAAGUUUUCACUCGUGGAGAAACAUACAAAAAACUGAUAUUGUACUCAGAGAUUAAAAAUAAAGGCAUAACAUCCUCAAUGUAUAUAUGGAGUGUAGGGUUGCAAAAUUCUGUGAACUUUAGAUACAUUUCCUAAUUUUGACAAAAUCCCAGUUGGAGAAUUCCUUGAAUCCGGAGUGAAUAAGCAGGAAAUCCAGAAUCCUCCAACCAGGGAAUGUAUUGAAUGUUCCUGGAAUUUUUCAACCCUAAUGAAGUGUAAAUACAGAAAUGGCCUCUAUAUUAUUAUAAAGAUAUGAUUGUUUUUAUUAUGUGAGUGUGUUAUGGCUGUGAUGAAUAUGACUGUGUGUACAUGGGGUGUGUUCCUGUUUGUGUUUGCUUGUUCUGAAGAAGGAAUGAAGCAGUGUAGAAAUAGAAUUUCUGAGGAAAAAGCAACGUAUUUCAUUGAAAUGUCUGCAUUGGUUGCAGAGUAGGCUAUAAAAAAACUAAUGAUGUGCUUUCAGAUUGUACUCCUUGUAAUGCUAUUGGUAUCCAAAUUUCAUUACAAUUUAACAAUAGUCUGAUAUAGUACGUUGAUAAUGCUAUAUCAAUAGUAUUCAAUCCAUUUAUAGUUGUUUCUUUGUUUUAUCUAAACUUCACUGAGCCAUAUGCUAACUUGUGGUAAUUUGUUUACUUUAGUUUUUUGUUCAUAAUAUCAUCUGUGGAGGUGUAGUGCAUGUUAAGGAGACUCAGGAGACAUACAGUCGCUAGUGAAAGUCGACACACCACUUGCACAGUCUUCACAUUUUGCUACCUUAAAAUCUGAAAAGGGAUUUUUUUCCUACUGAUCUAAACAAUCUACUCCACAUUUUCAAAGGGAAAGAAAAAUGUAUAAAAAAUAAAUACGAAAUAAAGAUGUUUUGAUUGAG